AUGUCUACUGUAUCCUCACUGGCUCCUUCGCAAGCGUCCAAGUCAAGCUUCUUUAAUCGCUUCCAGCGUACUCCUUCCACUUCCUCGGUUGUCUCGACUGCGACUAAUACGUCAAAGUCGUCUUCGGAAUCCACACUCUCUGCCAAGGUCACCAUACUAGAUGCCCGGAACGAAGAGCUCAGCCAGGUGAAUGACCUCAAUCGACUCACGCUACAGAAGCUCGCAGAGGAUCUGGAACUCAAGGAGCUGGAGUGUACAGAUCUUCGUCGAACGACUAGCACACUUGAAGCGGAACUCGAGCAGACCGUCCAUCUCAACUCAACCUCGUCCUCUUCAUAUAUACUGGACCUUGAAGCUAUGCAGGAGAAGCUUGAACUCUCCGAAGGCUGCCAAAAGGAGCUCAAGUGUAGCGUUCGCGCAAAGGAGGAAGAGAUUAGCGAGCUUACCAUCAAGAUUGCAGAGCUUGCUGGAGCAGAUGAGUCCGCUGCUGCCGCAGCCUCAAACCUGACGCGCUCGCUCAGCGAUGCACACCAAGAGAUCACUGACCUCCUGAACACUAUCAAGGACAAGGACGUGCAGCUCUCUGCCGUCUCCAGCGACUUAGAUACCGCCAACCUUUUCCAGGAAAAGCUUCUUGAGGAGCACUGUGAGUACUCACACAACGCCUGCAAGCAGCAGGACCAGGUUGCCUCUUUGCAAAAGGAGAACGAUACCCUCGCUAUGCGCGCCGCAGCCGCCGAGUUCAAGAACGCCAGAUACGCUACACACAUUGACACAUUUACCAAGCAGUUUCAGUCCCUGAGCACAUUUGCUGCGGAAUCGCAAGUUAGCCACGACGCCCAAGUCGAUGCCAUGCACGCUCAGCAGCAAGAUGCUUCUGCCCGCUUUCAGCGGCAGCUUCUCGACCGAGACAAUAUGAUUGCCUCUCUUCAACAGCGUCUCACAGACUCCGAAGCUGCGCAGGACGUGGCUGGUUUGAAGCACAAGGACGACGUCGCGCGUUUGGAGAACCAAGUCACCCGACUGGAUGUUCAAGUAAGCGAAUCCGAGUACCAACACGCCGUUUGGCAGGAUUAUGCUAACGAACAAGUCGUUAGGCUUGGGAAGUUGUAA